AUGUACCUAUCUAAACUUUCCAUGAUCUAUGUAUCUAUCUCAUUAUCUAUCUCAGUCUCCUCAUAUCUAUCUAUCUAUCUAUCUAUCUAUCUAUCUAUCUAUCUAUCUAUCUAUCUACAGUGUUCCCUCGUUUAUCGCGGUAGAUUGGCUCCAAGACUGGCCGCGAUAACUGAAUUUCCUCGAACUGAUGAUGACUUCUACUGUGGAGCCGAUGAUUGUAUUUUACGUCACUUCAGACGGCGAUGCCCUUUCCUGGGAUACCUCUUCCACUUCUUCCGAAAGUGCAACCGUAGUAGUAGCAGCAGAAACUGGCUCUUUUUUGCGAAGCUGCAAAAAUAUUGUGAUAAGAAAUUGCUGCCACUACUUCUUUUUUCCCGUUGCAGAGCUUGGCCAGCCGUUCCAAAUUCAAGUCAGUUUGGUCGACAACUUCUUCCAUUUCUUGCUGCGUUUCUUCUUCUUCGCUGGCCGACUUCUUCAAGUCUUCAAGGCUAUGUUCUUCUUUCAGCAGUCGGCUAUCCAUACGGCCAAAGCAGCUUCCAUACGGAUGAUAGCUGUAUUACGAGCCCUAACCAUUCUCUUCGCCGGCUUAUUAAAGGUGAUGGCAACCGUCUUCCUAAUGUGAGCCUCGGCCUUCUCGAUGUAGCGAACGUAGAACAGCGAAUUAGCGAGGGAUCUAUCUAUCUAUCUAUCUAUCUAUCUAUCUAUCUAUCUAUCUAUCUAUCUAUCUAUCUAUCUAUCUAUCUCAGUCUUCUCAUAUCUAUCUAUCUAUCUAUCUAUCUAUCUAUCUAUCUAUCUAUCUAUCUAUGCCAGUCUCCUUAUAUCUAUCUAUUUAUCUAUCUAUCACAGACUUCUCAUAUCUAUCUAUCUAUCUAUCUAUCUAUCUAUCUAUCUAUCUAUCUAUCUAUCUAUGUCAUUCUCCUUCUAUCUAUCUAUCUAUCUAUCUAUCUAUCUAUCUAUCUAUCUAUCUAUCUCAGUCUCCUCAUAUCUAUCUAUCUACAAAGCAUAUUCUACAUAACCUAUCUAUAUGACACACAUUUUUUGUAUCAAUGCCGCCCCACAUAUACUUGUUCAUCUAUAUAUCUACGUCUAUUCAUAUUCAUCUAUCUAUGUAUGUACGUCUGUUCAUAUCUAUAUAUUUUGUGUCUUUGUACGUUUAUAUCGAUCUAUGUCAAUUCAUAUCUAUAUCUAACAAUAUAUAUAUCUAUCUACACCAUUUCAUAUUUAUCGAACUAUCUACGUAUGUUCAUGUGUAUCUAUCUAUCUAUCUAUCUAUCUAUCUAUCUAUCUCAGUUUGUUCAUUAUCUAUCUAUCUCUAUGUGUUCAUUAUUUAUAUUUUUUAAAAUCCUUCCUUUAUUUGAGAUUCUUUGUAGCUGA